UUGGCGGUUACCGUACAGUUGCUGGGAGGAGGCUAGAGGUGGAGCCGCUGGGGCCAAGAUCAUGCCGGACAGCGAGAGGUAUUCUGGGCAGCAGAGGCCGCUAGGCUUGGGAUGAAAGAAGCAGGGCAGAUGCAAAAUCUGGAGAGCGCGGGGGCCGGGCGGUCAGUCAGCACCCAGACUGGCAGCAUGACUGGUCAAAUACCAAGGCUUUCUAAAGUCAACCUUUUCACUCUGCUCAGUCUCUGGAUGGAGCUCUUCCCAACAGUAAAUACAGCCCAAAGACAAAAAUCUCAGGAAAAGGAAGAAGGAAAGCAUGGACCCUUAGGAGAUAAUGAGGAGGUGGCCAGAAUAUCUACUGAUAAAAAACAGGUGAAGAGAACUGGCCUUGUGGUGGUGAAAAACACGAAAAUUGUUGGUCUCCAUUGUUCUAGUGAAGAUUUACAUGCUGGGAAAAUUGCUCUUAUAAAACAUGGGUCAAGGCUGAAAAACUGUGAUCUUUAUUUUUCCAGAAAACCAUGUUCUGCUUGUUUGAAAAUGAUUGUAAAUGCUGGAGUUAACCGAAUUUCAUACUGGCCUGCUGAUCCAGAAAUAAGUUUGCUUACUGAGGCUUCUAGUUCUGAAGAUGCGAAGUUAGAUGCCAAAGCAGUGGAAAGAUUGAAGUCAAACAGUCGGGCCCACGUGUGUGUCUUACUUCAGCCUUUGGUGUGUUAUAUGGUGCAGUUUGUAGAGGAGACCUCUUACAAAUGUGACUUUAUUCAAAAAAUUGCAAAAACACUGCCGGAUGCUAACGUUGACUUUUAUUCUGAAUGUAAACAAGAAAGAAUAAAAGAAUUUGAAAUGUUAUUUUUGGUUCCAAAUGAAGACAUGCAUAAGCAAAUACUGAUGACUAUAGGUUUGGAGAACCUCUGUGAAAAUCCAUACUUUAGCAAUCUAAGGCAAAACAUGAAAGACCUUAUCCUCCUUUUGGCCACAGUAGCUUCCAGUGUGCCCAACUUUAAGCACUACGGAUUUUAUUGUGGUAAUACCGAACAGAUUAAUGAAAUUCACAAUCAAAGUUUGCCACAAGAAAUUGCAAGGCACUGCAUGGUUCAGGCCAGGUUAUUGGCAUAUCGAACUGAGGAUCAUAAAACUGGAGUUGGAGCAGUCAUUUGGGCAGAAGGAAAAUCUAGGAGUUGGGAUGGAACCGGUGCCAUGUACUUCAUAGGAUGCGGUUAUAAUGCUUUUCCUGUUGGGUCCGAGUAUGCUGAUUUCCCACACAUGGAUGAUAAACAGAAAGACAGAGAAAUAAGGAAAUUCAGAUACAUUGUACAUGCGGAACAGAAUGCCUUGACAUUUAGGUGUCAAGAAAUAAAACCAGAAGAAAGAAGUAUGAUCUUUGUCACAAAGUGCCCAUGUGAUGAGUGUGUACCUUUAAUUAAAGGUGCAGGCAUAAAACAAAUCUACGCAGGAGAUGUAGAUGUUGGAAAAAAGAAAGCAGACAUCUCUUAUAUGAGAUUUGGGGAACUUGAGGAUGUUAGCAAAUUUACAUGGCAGCUGAAUCCAUCAAGAACUUGUGUGGGUGAACAAAAUGAGCCUGAAAGCAGAGAGAACGGUGUGUUGAGACCCAUACCUCCCAGUGAAGAUCAGCACCAAAGCAAAAAGCUGUGUCUCGGGAACCGCUAAGAAGUCCUGUCUAGACUGGAGUGAAGCCUCAAGAACUUUUAUUGCACUUUUAAAACUCUAGCCUUGUUAACUCAGAAAAUAAGGAUGGAUUUUAUGAAUAACUGGAAAAAAAAUUUAAGGAAGCUACUUUAUUAUCACCAUAUGAAUGAUGUUAAUGACAAUAUUUUUAUUUUAGAUUUGUCUGUUUUCCAGAAUAUAGCGGUGUGGUCUUUUAUUACAUUAAAUGAGGUAGCAAUAAUUUAAUGAGAUCAAUUUAAUCACCUGUUGAAGUUAAUUUCUCCUUGUCUUAGCUUUACAUUAGCCAAUUUUUUUAGAGGGGCUGGUUCACUGGGGUCACAUCUCAGCAGAGAAUUCUACACCUUUUAAAAAAUAUUAAUUCCUUCAGAUUAUGAAGGUGAUAAUUAGUAAACUGCUCCAGGGAAGUAAAUGAUGACCUGGACAUUUUUAAGUCAGUGUAUGGCUCACCAAAAGUUCACAUUUAUUAUACCUAAAGCUUUUUAAUAAUCAGAAUUUAAUUAGGAUUGAAUCCUAAUUAAAUCAUAAUUAGGAUCAUAAAAAUGAAGUUGAUAUACAUGAUUCCCAUUAUAAAAGUAUAUUCCUGACAACAUUCUUAAUUUUCUUUUAAAACUCUUCCAAUAUGUAGAAAUCACAAUGAUUUGUUGGACUAGGGUGUUAUAUCACUGAUUUGGGAUAGCAGUAGGAAGAAAAUACUGUUCUGAGGCAGCACUGAUUCUUGAAGUCAUUCACACUGCCAACUUUGGUUAUGAUGUUAACAGUGAAGAAAUAGUCUGGAAUAUUGAAACUAGCCUUUUUUGAAUUCCGUUCACCAAUGCUGCCCAUUUUUCGCUCCAUACAAUUAAUAGAGUGUCUCAUGGCUUUCAAUGGAAGGUUUUAAAAAAUUAUUUGCAAACCUUAAGAAUCCUGGGAAUCUUGAAAGUAAAAUUAUGGCCAGUCAGGUCAGUUGCAUUCCAAAUUGCUCUUUGUGAAACCUCUCAACUUUUAUUUGCUGAGAAACUUUCAGGAAAUUAGUCCAAAGAUGAAGGUACAUGUCUUGCACUUUCCUAGAGUUAGGGAGGGAGUGCAUAGCCCAUGGCCCACGGGCCUGGAUGUGACAUCAUGAGGCGCACCUGCCUUGGCUGUGCAGAGAUAAUCAGGUUUGCCCCUGCGAUCAUCCCCUUCCCUUCCACAACACCACUUGGCCUCAUGAGGCCUCCUAACGGAGUCUCUCAGAACUCUACACAGGAGAAUCCAAAUGUUGACCGAUGCCCCUAUUUGUACAGCAGACCGCUUAGGUGCACUGGGAGUUCAAAGUCAUCAUACCAGCCAGUUGAGAAAUGCCUUAAAUAUUGAGAGAGGGGAGGAGAGAUAUCCUUGGAGAUAACUAAGGCGAAUUUGAAAACCAAUAGUGAAGCUAUUUUAAAAUAUUUAUCAAUAUGAAAAUACUGAGAUUUGCUUACAUCCUCCCAGUUGCUUCAAUAUAUUAAUUAUACAUGUUUAAAUUCAUGUUAGAAUUGUUUUUUUACUAAUAUGUCAUCCACAUUUAAUAUUUUAUAAAUCAAUCAGCAAAAUUUUUGUAAGAUGCCAAAGCCUGGUAUACUGCCAGGUUUAUGGAUGCAUGUGUUGGAUGUUGAGGCGGAUAUCAGAAGGGAGAAACAUAAAAUGGGGAAAACUAGGCUUAGGAAGUAGAAAAUGGAUAUUUACAAGCACUAUUAAAAUAUUCAUGAUAAUGCCAUAUUUCCUUCUUUACAACCUUACAAACUUUACAACUCAGUUUUCAACAUUUAUUGAGAAUUUACUAUGUAGUACCAGAAGGAAGGCUCUAUGAGGGCAGGGAUAUAUAUAGAGAGAGACAUAUAUAGAGAGAGACAUAUAUGACAUAUGUCAUAUAUAUAUAUAUAUAUAUGUCUCUCUCUAUAUAUGAAUUUAUAUGUGUGUGUACAUAUAUAUAUAUAUGAAUUUAUAUAUUUAUGUAUGUAAAUACAUAAAUGUUUUAAAUGAUGAAUCCAGUGCCUACAAUAGUGCCUGGCACAUAAUAGGCAUUCAGUAAGUAUUUGUUGAUUGAUUGAAGGAGUACAGGACACUGACUAGAUCCUGGAAAUAAGAUGUGUAAGAAAUGCUCCCUCAUCUCAAGAAGCUCACAGUCUAGUGGAAGACAGAAGCAUGAGAGAAUGAUUCUCAGAGGGGGUUCCCUGGACAAGCUGCUUUAGCAUCACCUGGGGACUUGUUAGAAACGCAAAUUAUUGGGGUCCGCUGAGACCUAUUGAAUCAGAUACUGUGCGUGGGACCUAGCAAUCUCUGUUUUCAUAGCUCUCCUAAUGACCUUGGAGUUUGAGAACCACCCUAUGAAUGUAACUAUAGAAAGCUUAUAAUAUGUAUAAUUAAAACUACUAGAAAUAAUAAAAAACAACUCUGUAUUGCAAGGAAACUAGGAUGUGUUUUUAGCUAAGAAAAGGUAUGAGGUAUGGAGAUACAUUUUUGUUAAGAGAAAAGAAAGUAAAUUUUGUCCUAAAGUAAAGCUGGUUAUUUCAGAAUGAAAAGAGAAAAAUAAAGGACAAACUAAGGACAUAGACAUUUAGGAAGAGAAAAAGAGAAAGGAAGGAAAAGAAGGAAGGGAGGAAGGGAGGGAAGGAGGGAGUUAGUUUUGUAGUCACAUUGGCUAAAAAUUGAAUUGUUAUAAAGGUUUUUAAAAAUGAUACACUUGCUUUUUUGUUUUAAUAGUUUGCAUAUGUAAUUUUCUUUCAUUUGCAGAAAGGGCAAAAUUUUCUUGGACUAUUGGUCUGCUCUUAAUAAGAUAUUAUGAAUGUUUUGUUUUGUUUUGUUUUUACCUUUUGAGUAAUCUCCCUGAAAAGCAAAAAUGUUGUGUUUUACUAAAAUACUUUCCUGUGCUUCAUGUUGUCUUUAUCAGAUCUUUGAUUACUUAACUGAUUCUUAACGCUAAGAGCUGAAUUUUACUUAAAACAAUGUAAUCUCCUAUAUUUGCUUUUAAAAUCUUUCGUCACUUUGGUUAAAAAUAUAAUUAAGUAUUAUCUGUGA